AUGGGCUCGUCACAGGAGGAUUAUGGGCUUCCGGACUUCAACAGGAGGUUCAUCGAAGACAAGGAGCUCGAGCAGUUCGAGAACGCCCUCAGCGCUCCAGAAGCUGCACCUCUCGUUGCGAUCAAUGAUUGGCGCCCCAUACACCAGAGAGUGCGGAAACUGGGAUCGCGUCGCAAGGCAGCCAACAGGACAGUCGACGAAACGAGGGAAGGAUAUUUACAAUGGAAGGAGGCCGCUGAAAAGCUGGAUGCUUAUCUGGGUAAUGACAGAUGGAAAGAAGUGGACGAAUAUGCAUAUUAUGACCAUGGAACAGUCAAGAGGGUCAAAAGACAACUGGAGACACUAAGAGAAAAGGUGGAGCUAACACAAACCAGUGAAGGUGAUCGUGCCAAACUCUGCUCAUUGCUGGAAGACCUCCGUGUGUUGCUCGAAGGGUGCGUCAAGAAUAAUUUCGCUGGGGUUGAGAAUCCACGCCUAUACAGCGAGACAUACAUUGGAACCAAGCGGUUGGUUCAAGAAUUCAUUGAUGAAGUACAUACCUCAUUGCGGCUUAUCCUUACAAGCAAAGAUGUCCCUAAUACUACCAAGGAAGUGUUUUUCAAGCAACUGGAAACUAAUUACGGUCGUACGGCGUUGUGUCUUUCUGGGGGAGCUACAUUUUCAUACUAUCAUUUUGGGGUUGUCAAGGCUCUCCUUGAUAAUGGAGUACUCCCUGAUAUCAUUUCGGGAACUUCUGGAGGUGCCCUUGUAGCCGCGCUGGUAGCCACGAGAAAAAACGAGGAGCUCAAAAAGCUCCUCGUUCCAGAGCUGGCCCAUAAAAUUAAGGCAUGCGAAGACUCAUUUCAAAUUUGGAUACGGCGAUGGUGGCGAACGGGAGCUAGGUUUGACACCCUCGACUGGGCAGAAAAAUGCAGCUGGUUCUGCAGGGGCUCCACCACAUUCUUGGAGGCGUAUCAGCGAACCGGACGAAUUCUAAACGUCUCUUGCGUUCCGUCAGAUCCCCACUCUCCUACGAUUCUGGCAAACUAUCUCACAUCUCCCCAUUGUGUUAUAUGGAGCGCAGUCAUUGCUUCUGCAGCUGUUCCUGGGAUACUCAAUCCUGUCGUGUUGAUGAUGAAGAAGCCUGAUGGGACACUUGCCCCUUACUCUUUUGGUCAUAAGUGGAAAGACGGUAGUUUGCGAACUGACAUACCGUUGAAGGCACUGGAUAUCCAUUUCAAUGCCAACUUUCCGAUUGUAUCUCAAGUCCUCAGACAUCUUGAACUUCUUCCUCGACCACUAGGUCAGGAUUGGAGUGAAAUAUGGCUGCAACGGUUCAGUGGGAUUGUUACGAUUUGGCCGAAAUCGACACUCUCCGAUUUGUAUAACAUCUUGACUGACCCUAACCCUGAGCGAUUAUCCCGUAUGAUAAACGAAGGGCAAAAUAGCACCUUCCCGAAGAUUCAAUUUAUCAAGAACAGGAUGAAGCUGGAGAAGGUGGUCGCCGCGGCGCUGAAGCGGGAUGGACGUGUUUCUGCUCGCCAGCUUAAUACACCUUUGCCCCCCGAAAUUGACCCAUCCGCCAACGAUGGCUUAGACAAUCGACCACAUUUAAGACACCGCAACAGCGUUCUUGAAGAAAUUCGACGGCAGUCAGCUGUCUUCUUUGAUGAUGUCGAUGAGACUGGCUUGAGUGAGGAUGAGCAGUUGUUAUCAACCCGAGAAAGACCGACGAGAGUUGGGUGA